CCCCCCCAAUAUGGCACGGUUGGGAUCCCAGCUGCAGCUAACCUCAGAAAUGGAGAGCCUGAACCAGGUACUAGCCCUGGUGGAGGCCUUCAAGGCCUUUGAUUCCAACAACGACGGCCUGAUCACAGCAGCCGAGCUCGGAGGCAUCCUCGUCUCCCUCGGCUACAACGCCAGCCAACAAGACGUUAGAGCGAUGAUGCAGCAGGGUGACAAAGACAAGGACGGCCAGCUCAGCGUGGAAGAGUUCUUGGAGAUGAACACCAAGGAUAUGGAAGUUGGUCGGUGCCUGGGGAACUUGCUGAAGGCGGCGUUGGAAGCUCUGGAGGAAGAUGACGACGAUGGUGAUGAUGGGACGACGUUUCUGACUGGAGAGGAGCUUUUCGAGUUUAUGGGUGGAGCAGCUGGCGGCGGCCAGCAGCAGAUGUCGUUGGAGGACUGCCAGGCGAUCGUGGCGGCGAUGGAUGUGGAUGGAGAUGGUGCUGUUACCUCUCAGGACUUGAAGCUUAUUGCUUCUUCCCUUCUCUAGCCAAUGGUUCUCGAGCUCUAUGCGCAAGUUUGUUUCUACAGAAGAUCAAUGAUGAUGUAUGUGACAAAAAUAAUUGAUAUAUAGCUCGAGUUGAGAGCUUGGGUAGCUUAUUUGCUAAAGUGGAUUUUAUGAUACUAAAAUAAAAAGUUCUACAUGUUAUAUAGAGUAUUUACCAUUAAUCUGUUGCUUGCUGCGAUUAGUGACAACUAACAAGGUGAGCAAUCUCGAGCUAGGCUCACGACCACCAAUAUCGUUUGAUUACUUCCCCAACCAUCGGAUUCAUGAUUAGACAAGAUAACGUCAGUGUUGGCUAUUUGAUCCAGACCUUUUGAUUUUACUCGAAACCGGACUGUAUAACUCGGGACGGAUCGGUACCAGAUAGCAAACAAUCCAAUCCCAUUUUCGGGCUUAGAUUUGAGGUAAAAAAAACUUUCGGGACCGGACCAAAAACCGGAUAAAGACUGGAUAAGAGAGCCCAACACCCAAAAUUUAACCAACUCCUUACCCUUUCAGGCCUCAGGCCACUCAAAUCCCCACAAGUUCAAUUCAAAAUCAAGACCGAAUUGGGACCAGAUCGGACUGUAUCCAAUCCAAUUUUUGGUCCUUAUAUUCUCGAAAAGACCGCCGAAACCGGACCAAACCAUAUAGCAACCCUCUAAUGUGCGGUACACAAAACCACCACAAUUAUAAUCUUAUACAGUUUCUUUAGUACACCUCAACUAUGUACUCAUGAAUAGACUCAGUUUUUUUUUUUUUUUUUGGUUGUAUAUAAUGAUAUUUACUAUCAUAACUAAUAUCUCGUUAUAAGAGAUCAAACCAAAUGAUAAAUGGCUAGUCAAAUUGUCCCAAUCGAUUCCUAUCCUUUAAUCCUUGUGUAAGGAAGUCCAAAUGGGCCUGUAAACCAUUUGUUUUAUGGGCAACUAUGCCCAAGCCAGCUGGGAGAGAAUUUGAGUAUAAUUUUUGGGUCAAAUAGGAGGCAUCUAAAUGAUUCUCCCAAAGACCAAAUGAAACGUUGAUGUCUUUAUCUCCACAAUCUCACAAACGACGGCAGAAAUUAAACCAAAAGCAUUAAGAAAAGAAAUUACAGGAAGGAUAAAAAGGCAAGGCAAGUAGGCAACAGCGAUAUGUUACGUUGGUUAAGUUUGAUUAAGACGUCUAGAUUUAUUAUUAGCAGGAUCAUCAUCAUAUAUACUAUUGUUGGAAUUAUGCCACCCCCAUUCCACGUGGACGAUGAUCCUGCCACUUUCCGAUCCAAGAUCAGAUUUGGGCCCACCGGAAAGGCUUUCUCAGCCGUAAACGUGUACUACUCUCUGCUAUCAACAAACAAAAGAUGUGGUAGGUGGGACUAUUCGUCAUUCGAUUAAGGACCUUAAUCACGUUUGAUUAAUCUUGUAUACGAUAUUUAAGGUAAAGACUUAGCAAUGCGGUGUAUUUCUUGAGAAAACAUUAGUAAUGUGGAAAGAUAGUUAGUUCUUCUUCAUUUUACAUAGAAGGAGAUGAAUUCGAGCAAUGGCACGCGUAACGAUCCUGCAUAGAAUCUGAAUACGCCAACAUAAAUUAAACGCGGAAUAUCAAAGAACAGAACUGGAAAUCCUGCCUGGGAAAGAAGGAUAGAGAAGAGAUUGGAUAUGGUAUGCACAAUGUUUAUUUGAUCAUUAUAUCAUAUCCGUGUGAACAGCCAUUUCCAGGCCGGGUGAGUGUGGAAGAGAAAGAGCACACGUUGAAACUGUGAAGACAAAGUCAUUAGUCAACGUCAACGGCAAUUAGUCACCAAAUCUCCCCUUCUUUGAAUCACACGGUGAAAUUAAAUCCAACAAGCAAAGCUUGUACCCCGGGACACGAUCAACUUUUAUUUGACUCCCACAAGCCUGCUGUAAUUACUAAAUUGUAAUUACCGGGAUCAGAUCCGCACGUAAAUUUAUUUUCCGUACUAUGUAUAAUUACUCUCGGUAAUGAAUUAUGUUUUAAUUC